AUAAAAGUUAAGAAACUAAUAGUUAUGUAAAAAUCUUUAAUCUUACAACAAACUCUCUCCAUCCGCAAUGGCCAGAGAUUUUUGUGCAAGAGUUGAAGUAUUUAAUAUAAAUAUUAAUUUUUAAGUCUCUAAAGUAUAUUAAUUCAUACCUGAAGAUACAAAGGGGUAAAAUAUGAUAUGAAUUUAAUGAGCACUGUUCAUUAUCCUCGAAAGUAAGUUAAAGAACGUUUACAUUGCACUGUAAACAGUGAUCGAUACCAUUAACUAAUCUGUAGCACACAAGUAUCAUGAUGCAUGUACACAAAUCUGUCUUAUGACAUGAAACUAUAUUUAUUUUGGGAAUAGAUGAACAAGAGUUAAAUUCUGAUGAGGAUUAGACAUAAACUGCACACUGGAAUGAUGAAAUUUAGAGGGGGAAAAACUGAUAUGCAGGAUUAUCUAAUUAGCAUAAAACCUGAAGUAGGUAGACUUUCCAGCACUCAGGAGCUAGUGCAGUGAUACUGGGCUAAAACCUUAGCUUUUAUUUAAAAUCAACGGUUUUAGAUAAACUAUGGAUUAGAAUGAAGACAAUAUCCUGUAUGUGAAAACUACUUCAAUAUUUUGAUAUGAGCAAUAUAAAGCAGUCUCCUCCUAGUUUCUCUAUGUAGUGACAUGUUUCUAUGUUUAUAGGUAAUACAUAGGCCAUUACAUGAAUCUAUUUUCUCGUGUACUAAUCAAGUAUGCAACUUCCUGUGCUGAAAUUAUACCUUUAUAAUGUAUUUGGUGUAUAAUUAUUAUGAUCAAUGAUGUUACGCAUAGACAACCUUGGACCACCCAUACCACCAAUAUACAAUGAUGAACAAAGGGAUAUAAUUAUUAUUAUUGAGGCACAGAAACUAAUGAGCACAUGCUUUUAACAACUAUUCGGUACUUGUGAAAGCAGAAGUUGAAAUGAACGUAUUUAAAAUUUUGUAACUGCAAUACAAAUUAUAGACAAGUGAAAAGGAAAUUAUAUAUAUUUUGUAUGCUCAAUGUAAAUCAUUAGUUGUUGACUAUUAGCUUCUCGAUAGCUGUUAGAUGGAUUGGGCCUUGAGGAAAGGGAAAUGUCUUGCUGAUCUUACUCAAGUCGUUCAUUAUUCUUGUGUUCGAAUUUCAGAGGGCACUGAUGACAAUUUUCUUUUGCAGCUGGAAAAGCUGAGUGAUAAACAGUGUCAACCUGAAUCUCAGCUGAAGUUCAUAAUAGAGGCCUGGCUACAGAUUGUUGAAUGUAGACGGGUUUUGAAGUGGACAUAUGCAUAUGGAUAUUAUUUACCCGAGCAUGAACAGGCGAAGAAGCGGUUUUUUGAGUACCUACAAGGUGAGGCCGAGUCUGGUUUGGAACGGCUUCAUCAAUGUGCGGAGAAGGAAUUUCAAGGCUAUCUCAAUGCUGAGGGUCCAUCGAAAGAUUUUAACGAGUUUCGCACAAAGUUAGCUGGACUUACCAGUGUGACUAAGAACUACUUUGAGAAUUUGGUCGGAGCUUUAGAAAACGGUCUGUCAGAUGUAGACUCCCAAGGCGGUUGCAAUAGGGCAGGUAGCUCGAAAAAUCUGGGAGGCGGUGGCAGCAAGGGGAAAAGCAAUAGAGGCAAGGUAACUACGUCCAGGUCAAACAGUUCUCGAAACAUUGAUGAUUCAGGACAUUGGUCUUGUGAAUAUUGCACCUAUGCAAAUCCUAGAUCAGUUGCUGUUUGCGUAAUGUGCCAGCAACGCCGUUGAAUGCUUUCAUACUUGGUUUCACAGAACCAAAUUAUGUCUCGGCCAGUGCAGGCGCUCUGCCGCUCCCAUGGGUGGACGUGGGAGGAAGAAUUUCAGUUAGCAUAUUAUGUUUUACAAUUAAGUAGGUGCCUUGGGCCCGUCUAUGACUCACGUUGACACCAGAAUGAGUAAAAACGGUCGAAAACAAUGUAGUGUCUGAAUCAUCUAGUAGUAAAAUUUCGCAGUGUUAACUAAAUUUAUUUUUAUUCCAAGCAUUGAAUUUAAACUCUAAGCUUCA